CCCCAGCAUCCAAUUCAUGGAGUUCUUGGAAGCAGAAAACCAGGAUGACUGCUACAGCACAGGAGCUGGCUGUGUCCACACCCAAGACCAGCAUGGGGUGUAUGUCAUGUAUGACGCAGCCUUGAGGGAUCUGGAGGACCUAGAGGCAGAACUGCUGCUCGUGGCCAGUUACUACAUCGAGAAAGAAAAAAGUCACAAAGAGGGCAGCAAGUCAAAGAGUAGCCAGACCUGGGGAUGGGCCCAUGCAAGUGUGGACAGAUUUGCUGUGCUGUAUGACAUGUGGUCUUGGGAAACAGCUCUUCUGCAAAACAAAUGCCAGCUUCUUGAUAGUUACUUUGAAGCCUACCAGCACACACUGGACCCUGAGGAAAGGUUUGCCUUGGCACAAGUGAUGACUGACAUCAUGCAUCGUCGCCCCAAGUUUGAUCUCAGCUACUCUUAUUUUGUUAAGGCCUACCAAGAUGAAUGCACGUGCCUGAGGCUUCACCUGCAGCUAGUGGGGGGCAUCCUCAACCAUCAGAUGGAGUGUCAGCGGGAAUAUGUACCAAGGCUCUGGCGAGAGGAUCAUCCAGAUGGUCGGAGUACAUUUGGACUUCCCCUUAACAUAAUUUGCAAGCAGCUUAUUUCCAUCAGCAAUAGCUGCCCAGCUUUGAAAAACAUUUACCUGCUGGAGUUCCACCCUUCCCUCGGCCUGGCUGGGCUUAUUCCCAGAGCCCUUGAGCACCUGCUCCGUGAGGCCUGCCACGCCUGCAGGCUCACGUCACCCAGUGGCUUCGCCUUAAUGGAGCAACACAUCUUGCAGCUGGCCCUGGACCUGUGGCUCAACCCAACCAAGCCUGAGGUCUGGUACAGCACACAACUCCAGAAAGAUCUAUUUUCAGCUAAAGUGAUGGGUGAUCCCUUUCUCGUGGAGGAGAUAGGCUUGCUUGCACUCAAGUCUGCAGCAGACAAAGAACAGAAACAAGGCCAAGUUUCUCAGGUGCUGCUCCUGGAGACGUUUUCCAAACUUCUGGAACUCCUGACCCUUCGCCACCGACUGAUAGAAAUGAGUGUGGAGAGUGCACGCUUGGCUCGGCUGUAUAAGGAAUUGGCAUUGGAGAUGGGUUUUGAAGAAUUCCAUUUGUAUCUGAGGCCUGUUCAUUUUGAAUUUGCAACACACAAGGACAAGGUGGAUCAAUCACCUCCUGUCUUUAUAACUUCUCUGCUGGAGGACAAUGGACGGGUAGACAGGUAUUCUCCUACUACUCUUGUCUUAGCCAUCUCUGAGCUGGAUGACAACCAAGUUGGCAAAUUUAGCUUUUAUACAAAAGAAGCCAUCCUUAAGCUCUUAUUCCAUUCAGGAGUGGAAAAUUUGCAAGUGACCCUUGCAUGCCAAGCUGCUCAGAAAAAUGCUUUGAUGGUGGCUGUUCAACAGGCAUCCUUCUAUCACCCCCAUCAAGUGGGCUGUCCUGCUGAUGUCAAGGUCAGCCUGUAGAAUGUAAAAGCAUGCUGUUACUACCCUCAGCUAAUGUCAGGCUUC